AUGGCAUCGGUGGGCAUAGAGCCUAGUGCCGCGGUUAGAGAUUCCACUGGAAACGCUACUGAUGUUGAUAGAUUGCCUGAGGAGAUGAAUCACAUGAAGAUCCAAGAUGAUAAAGAAAUGGAAGCUACAAUCGUAAACGGCAAUGUCACAGAGACUGGUCAUAUAAUAGUUACUACAAUAGGCGGAAGAAACGGCCAACCAAAACAGACAAUCAGUUACAUGGCCGAGCGAGUUGUUGGACAUGGCUCCUUUGGUGUUGUAUUCCAAGCGAAGUGUUUAGAAACAGGAGAAACCGUAGCGAUAAAGAAAGUGUUGCAAGACCGGAGGUACAAGAACCGGGAGCUUCAAACGAUGAGGCUGCUUGACCAUCCAAACGUGGUGUCAUUGAAACACUGCUUCUUCUCAACAACCGAGAAAGACGAGCUUUACCUCAACUUGGUCCUCGAAUACGUUCCGGAGACAGUGCACCGAGUUAUCAAACACUACAACAAACUCAACCAACGGAUGCCUCUCGUCUACGUCAAGCUUUACACGUAUCAGAUAUUUAGGUCGUUGUCUUACAUUCAUCGGUGUAUCGGCGUGUGUCAUCGUGACAUAAAGCCUCAGAACUUGCUGGUGAAUCCACACACUCAUCAAGUGAAGCUAUGCGAUUUUGGAAGUGCCAAAGUAUUGGUGAAAGGAGAGCCAAACAUUUCAUACAUUUGCUCGAGGUAUUACCGAGCACCUGAGCUUAUUUUUGGAGCAACAGAGUAUACUACAGCCAUUGAUGUCUGGUCUGCAGGAUGUGUUCUCGCUGAGCUUCUUCUCGGUCAGCCAUUGUUUCCUGGUGAGAGCGGCGUUGAUCAACUAGUAGAGAUUAUAAAGGUUUUGGGGACACCAACGAGGGAAGAAAUCAAAUGCAUGAACCCCAAUUACACAGAGUUCAAGUUCCCUCAGAUUAAAGCUCAUCCCUGGCAUAAGAUUUUCCACAAGCGAAUGCCACCAGAAGCUGUAGAUUUGGUGUCAAGGCUUCUUCAAUACUCUCCUAAUCUCCGUUGUGCUGCUCUGGAUGCAUUGGUGCACCCGUUCUUUGACGAGCUAAGAGAUCCAAAUGCGAGAUUGCCUAAUGGACGUUUCCUUCCACCGCUUUUCAACUUUAAGCCUCAUGAGCUUAAAGGUGUGCCUUUGGAGAUGGUGGCUAAGUUAGUACCUGAACAUGCGAGGAAGCAGUGUCCGUGGCUCGGCUUGUGA